CUAAAGAAGAUGAAGGUGUCUGAAAAAUCUCUAAAGUGGAAAGCGGGCUCCUACUAAAUUUAAGCCGCGUGAAGCAUCUAGAUUCAUUUUUUCAAAAAUAUAAAUAGCAGUACUUGCAUUCGUUUUCAAAAUUCGAAACAUCGAAAUCAAAACCCUCAUUUUCCAAAGUCCCGCUUCUUCUUCUCUCUCUCUUUCUUUCUUUCAAUCCCCAUUCCAGAUUUAACAGAGACAGAGUGUGUGUGUGUGUGUGUGUGUGAGAAUCUGUGUUUCUCUUCUCCACCCAGAUCUUACUCCGAUUCCUCAUGGCAACUAUUGAGUCUCUCCCUGAUGCUGUUCUCCAAUACAUUUUGUCCCACAUCAGCAAUGCUCGCGAUGUGGCGGCCUGCAAUUGCGUUUCUAAGCGGUGGAGGGACGCUACGACGUCUGUUAGAGCACUCUACUUCCCUCGCAGCUCGUUUGACAACUAUUCUUCUUCGGGUGGUGUUGGUGAAGCUUCUGACAACAUUGUGAGAAGAAUGGUGUCUAGGGUCUUGCGGUUGGAAGAGCUGAUUGUGUAUAGCCCUUUCUCCCCUUCUGGCUUGGCAUCAUGGCUCUCGCUUGUGGGGCUGUCUCUUCGCCAGCUCGAGCUUCGAAUGGACAACCUUGCUGCCCAUAAUCAAGGCUCCCAUGAGACCCCUUCAAAGUCGGAGUGUGUUGGUGCUGCGAGGAAUUUGGAAUCUCUGAAACUGUGGGGUGUCUUGAUGGUGCAUUCCCCAAAAUGGGAUGUUUUUCCCAAUCUCAAGAACCUGGAAGUAAUUGGUGCAAGAUUGGAGGACCAUGUGUUAACUGCGGUGCUUCAGGCGUGUCCUUUUCUCACCAGGUUGCUGCUGCUUGGAUGUGAAGGGGUUAGAUCAAUCUCAAUUGACCUGCCAUACUUAGAGCAGUGUAAGCUAGAUUUUUAUGGCGUGGGGAACUGUUCACUUACCUUGAACUCCCCGAAAAUUGAAUCCCUUGAGAUACAAGGUUGUAGCUGGAUUAAGGUCUCUGAAACCAAGCAUUUGAGGAACCUUUCAAUAUCCAAUAGUUCAGGGAGAGUAUAUAUGGUUGAUUUUGGAAACCUUUCAGCUCUGGAGUUCCUGUCUAUGAGGGGUGUCCAGUGGUGCUGGGAUGCAAUAUGCAGAAUGCUGAAAUUGGCUAGUGAGGUGAAACAUCUCUACAUGAAGGUUGAAUUCACUGGGGACUUUGAGGCUCUUCAACCCUUUCCAGAGAUUGAUUUUGUUGAUUUUUUCAACAGCCAUCAAAAGCUGAGAAAGUUUGAUAUUCAUGGAGCCAUGUUUGCAGCACUAUGCCAGAAGAACAGCCUCAAACAUGUGGAUUCAGGAUUUGCGAUACCAUUUUUGGAGGAGGUUGUGAUCACAGUGAGGUCACCGCUAAAUGCUGAACAGAAAAUGAGUACUCUUGAAUCCUUGUUGAAGUACGGGAAGAGUCUGAGGACCAUGGUAAUCAAGAUUCUUGAGAUGAAGGCUUGCCAUAACAGCACUGAUGAUUUUUUUGAUGAGAUUUGCAGGUUCAGAUACAUGAACCACAACAUAGUUCGAAUACAAUAAAGCUGAUAAAGGGGCUACUAUUUCUUGAUGUAUUCCUAAUUUUAGACAGUUCAUCUUGGUUUUCUGUUUCAGCUGAGCUGCUUAAACUGAUUAGACUUUUAUCUUUUGCGGGAUCUGAUUAAUUUGUUCUAUGUUUUGUUUUGAACUUCAUUUGAAAAUCGACUCUUGGUUUAGAAAAUUUGGAGAAUGAGUUUAUUUGGUA